AAGAUGCAUGUUGUCAAGCUUGCCUUUAGUCGAGUUCUCAAUGAAUUGAACCCAUCGCGUUGUUCAGAAGUUCAGACACCGCUUUCUUUAUUCUGGCACAUCCUGAUUGUCAGACACUAGUCUGCUGGGAGUCUGAACGAUAUGAUUUGUCAACUCCAACAGCUACCGCGUUACAUGGAGUCCGAAAACAGGAGAUUCCAACCGUGGCGGGACUACAUGAAGCUAGCGGACGCAGUGCGGGAGAUGCAGUUAGGGAACUUCACAUCAGAACCGUCAACUGUUGAGGGUCAUGACUCCGGGAUAUGCUCGACCAUGGUGGAAUUUGAAGAGUUUCCGCCGCGAGUCUGGCUGUUACCGAUAACACCUGUGACGACACCACCCCUAUGGCACGAAAUGGAACCCCUGGAUUCCGAAAUCGUCCCCUUGCAUAAACACGUUGCUUUACGUCCGAGCAGCACCGAGGGUCCCGAGCCCCCUACAGCAGCGUCCAGAUCCUCCGCGGGCACCCGGGUCCAGAGGGAGAGAAUGAAGGCGACCCGCUCUAAGACACCGGAGGAGGUGUCAUCACCUGAGCGCCAGUCCUGCAGCUUCUGCAAACACAACGGGGAGUCUGAGUCUGUGUUUGGGUCCCACAGUCUAAAGGACCAGGAUGGGGGCGUGGUGUGCCCGUACCUGCGGCAAUAUAUCUGCCCUCUAUGCGGGGCCACCAAGGCCAAAGCCCACACCAAGCGCUUCUGUCCCCGGGUGGAAACCACCUACAACUCGGUCUAUGUCAAGUCAUAGAAGCGCCAGCUCUGGUCCAGGCCGUUUACUGUGCUACCCUCUAGACCUACUAACAUAGUCAACUUGUUGUUGCGGGAUGUGUGGGACCAGAGCUAGAGAAGCGCUGGAGAGACUUCAGGCUGUUGUUUUGCAGACUUUCUUUAGCGUCUCUAGCGCACUGAGUGCGGACACUUGUAAGACGAUUUAGGUGUGAAUAUUUAGCUUAAAAAUCGUUUGGAAUAGCCUGACAAGUUUGUGGACUGUGCAUUAGCCUGUUUAUCGUGUGAUAUGUUUUACUUUUUCUCGUGUGGUUCUCACUUAUUUCUAUGUAUUUAUGACGUGUGGUUUUAUUUGCAUACCCGUUCAGUUGUUCUUCACACAUUUUGGGUUUGAGUUGUCUGUUUUUACUUUAAAGUGUAAAUGUCUCUGUCUGUCUGUGACCAGACUAACUGCGUCUUUACAUAAUAGUCCGGGUGGCCAGUCUUAUGACUCGGGUGUCGGAGCUGGUAAGGAACCUUUUGGACCUAGACUUGGCGCUCUGGUAUCUCUUGCAGUGGCAUGAUGAUGACUCCAACCAUUUGAUGGGUC